AUGAAAAUUAUAUCCUUAGAUGGUUUUCAAAGCUAUGGCUGUGUUGGAAGUGGUUCUAAAAAUGCGAAAAGGGAUCAUUUCAAACCGAUCAGCACUAAAUUCUUUAGCCUCAAUUAUGCAAUAAUAGUACUCUCAGUAUUGUCACUUUUAAUUACAAUAUUUGGGUCAUUAUUUAAAACAUUAAUAAAGGUGUAUUUUUUUUUGGUUGUGAAUAGACUUAUUUGCGCAUUGGUAAUUUCUUCUUUUAUACGCCACAUACGAAAUUUUGACAAAUCAAGUAUUAAAGUACUACUUCCUCUUCAUUUUAUAAAUCAGGCAAACUAUCUCGGAACAUCGAUUACGGCCUUAUCUACAAGAAUUCCAAGCAUUCUAUUUAAGCCUCAAAUGAAUUCGAUGAAUUAUUUAAGCGUUUUUUCAGCUUUCUGUUUCACAUCCAUUUUAGUAAUGGAAAUUAUAAACUUGGUCUAUACCUACGAUAUAUUUUUUAAAGUAGAAAGGAAUUUCAUCAUUUUAAAAUCAGCAGUCAACAACGGUGAUCUAAAAUUAAACUUGUGUGUUUUUAUUAUAUUUGGUUAUUGUUUGUUUGCUGAUUGUAUCUAUUUACUAUUUUCAAUUUUAACAUACAUAAAAUAUACACUAUUUCAUGGAUAUUAUACUGAAAUUAUUCUAAGUUCAUUUUCUGGUAUUUGCAUCUUUAUUUCGGUUACUGGUUUGUUAUUGGGUGUUUCAAUUAUACACUAUUUGAGAUGA